CCCGCUGCGGAACGAGCUGUGUGGAGCGGAGGUCUCGGAGCCACCCUUCAGCCCGGCGCACCCACGCCCCUCACCCCCAGGAGCCGAAAAUGGACCCAAGUGGGGUCAAAGUGCUGGAAACAGCAGAGGACAUCCAAGAGAGGCGGCAGCAGGUCCUAGACCGAUACCACCGCUUCAAGGAGCUCUCAACCCUGAGGCGUCAGAAGCUGGAAGAUUCCUAUCGAUUCCAGUUUUUCCAAAGAGAUGCUGAGGAACUGGAGAAGUGGAUUCAGGAAAAACUUCAGAUUGCAUCUGAUGAGAAUUAUAAAGACCCAACCAACUUGCAGGGAAAGCUUCAGAAGCAUCAAGCCUUUGAAGCUGAAGUGCAGGCAAACUCAGGAGCCAUUGUUAAGCUGGAUGAAACUGGAAACCUGAUGAUCUCAGAAGGGCAUUUUGCAUCUGAAACCAUACGGACUCGUCUGAUGGAGCUGCACCGCCAAUGGGAAUUACUUUUGGAAAAGAUGCGGGAGAAAGGAGUUAAGUUGCUGCAAGCCCAGAAGUUGGUGCAGUAUUUACGAGAAUGUGAGGAUGUGAUGGACUGGAUCAAUGACAAGGAAGCAAUUGUGACUUCUGAGGAGCUGGGCCAGGACCUGGAGCAUGUGGAGGUUUUACAGAAGAAAUUUGAAGAGUUUCAAACAGAUUUGGCCGCUCAUGAAGAAAGAGUUAAUGAAGUGAACCAGUUUGCUGCCAAACUCAUUCAGGAACAGCACCCUGAGGAGGAACAGAUCAAGACUAAGCAGGACGAAGUAAAUGCAGCCUGGCAGCGGCUGAAGGGACUGGCUCUUCAGAGACAGGGGAAGCUCUUUGGGGCAGCUGAGGUUCAGCGCUUUAACAGGGAUGUGGAUGAGACUAUCAGUUGGAUAAAGGAAAAGGAACAGUUAAUGGCCUCUGAUGAUUUUGGCCGAGACCUGGCAAGUGUUCAGGCUCUGCUCCGGAAGCACGAGGGUCUGGAGAGAGAUCUUGCUGCUCUAGAGGACAAGGUCAAAGCCCUGUGUGCCGAGGCUGACCGCCUGCAGCAGUCCCACCCUCUGAGUGCUACUCAGAUCCAAGUGAAGCGAGAGGAGCUGAUUACAAACUGGGAGCAGAUCCGCACUUUGGCAGCAGAGAGACAUGCCCGGCUCAAUGAUUCAUACAGGCUUCAACGCUUUCUUGCUGACUUCCGUGACCUUACCAGCUGGGUGACCGAGAUGAAAGCCCUCAUCAAUGCAGAUGAGCUGGCUAACGAUGUGGCCGGGGCUGAAGCACUGCUGGAUAGACACCAAGAACACAAGGGUGAAAUUGAUGCUCAUGAAGACAGCUUUAAAUCUGCAGAUGAGUCUGGGCAGGCACUGCUUGCUGCCAGUCAUUAUGCCUCAGACGAAGUGAGGGAGAAGCUGACCAUCCUUUCUGAGGAAAGAACCGCCCUGCUGGAGCUGUGGGAGCUGCGCAGGCAGCAGUACGAGCAGUGCAUGGACCUGCAGCUCUUCUACCGUGACACUGAGCAGGUGGACAAUUGGAUGAGCAAGCAGGAGGCAUUCCUGUUGAAUGAAGACUUGGGAGAUUCCUUGGAUAGUGUGGAAGCACUUCUCAAGAAGCAUGAGGACUUUGAGAAGUCCCUCAGUGCCCAGGAGGAAAAGAUUACAGCAUUAGAUGAAUUUGCGACCAAGCUGAUUCAGAACAACCACUAUGCAAUGGAAGAUGUGGCCACUCGCCGAGAUGCUCUGUUGAGCCGACGUAACGCCCUUCAUGAGAGAGCCAUGCGUCGCCGGGCCCAGCUGGCUGAUUCCUUCCACUUGCAGCAGUUUUUCCGUGAUUCUGAUGAGCUCAAGAGUUGGGUCAACGAGAAGAUGAAAACUGCCACAGAUGAAGCUUAUAAAGACCCAUCCAAUCUGCAAGGAAAAGUACAGAAGCAUCAGGCUUUUGAGGCUGAGCUCUCAGCAAACCAGAGCCGCAUUGAUGCCCUGGAGAAAGCUGGGCAAAAGCUGAUUGAUGUCAACCACUAUGCCAGGGAUGAGGUAGCAGCUCGUAUGAAUGAGGUCAUCAGUUUGUGGAAGAAACUACUGGAGGCCACUGAACUGAAAGGAAUAAAGCUUCGUGAAGCUAACCAGCAGCAGCAGUUUAAUCGGAAUGUUGAGGAUAUUGAACUGUGGCUGUAUGAAGUGGAAGGUCACUUGGCUUCAGAUGACUAUGGCAAAGAUCUUACCAACGUCCAGAACCUGCAGAAGAAACAUGCCCUGCUGGAGGCAGACGUGGCUGCUCACCAGGAUCGAAUUGAUGGCAUCACCAUUCAGGCCCGCCAGUUCCAGGAUGCUGGCCAUUUUGAUGCUGAAAACAUCAAAAAGAAGCAGGAAGCCCUUGUGGCUCGCUAUGAGGCUCUCAAGGAACCCAUGAUUGCCCGAAAACAGAAGCUGGCUGAUUCUCUGCGUCUGCAGCAGCUCUUCCGCGAUGUUGAGGAUGAGGAGACAUGGAUUCGAGAGAAAGAACCCAUUGCUGCAUCUACCAACAGAGGCAAGGAUUUGAUUGGAGUCCAGAAUCUGCUAAAGAAACAUCAAGCCUUACAAGCAGAAAUUGCCGGACAUGAACCCCGCAUCAAAGCAGUUACACAGAAGGGGAAUGCCAUGGUGGAGGAAGGCCAUUUUGCUGCAGAGGACGUGAAGGCCAAGCUGAAUGAGCUGAACCAGAAGUGGGAGGCGCUGAAGGCCAAAGCUUCGCAGCGCCGGCAGGACUUGGAGGAUUCACUGCAGGCCCAGCAGUACUUCGCUGACGCCAACGAGGCCGAGUCCUGGAUGCGCGAGAAGGAGCCCAUUGUGGGCAGCACCGACUAUGGGAAGGAUGAGGACUCUGCUGAGGCUCUGCUCAAGAAACAUGAAGCUUUGAUGUCAGAUCUCAGUGCCUACGGCAGCAGCAUCCAGGCUUUGCGAGAGCAGGCGCAGUCGUGCCGGCAACAAGUGGCCCCCAUGGAUGACGAGACCGGGAAAGAGCUAGUCUUGGCUCUCUAUGACUAUCAAGAGAAGAGUCCUCGAGAAGUCACCAUGAAAAAAGGAGACAUUCUUACCUUACUCAACAGCACCAACAAGGACUGGUGGAAAGUGGAAGUGAAUGAUCGUCAGGGUUUUGUGCCAGCCGCAUACGUGAAGAAAUUGGACCCCGCCCAGUCAGCCUCCCGGGAGAACCUCCUGGAGGAGCAAGGCAGCAUAGCACUACGGCAGGAGCAGAUUGACAAUCAAUAUCAUUCUCUGCUGGAACUGGGUGAGAAGCGUAAAGGCAUGUUGGAGAAGAGUUGUAAGAAAUUUAUGUUGUUCCGUGAAGCGAAUGAGCUGCAGCAGUGGAUCAACGAGAAGGAAGCUGCUCUGACAAGCGAGGAGGUGGGCGCAGACCUGGAGCAGGUGGAGGUGCUGCAGAAGAAGUUUGAUGACUUCCAGAAGGAUCUGAAGGCUAAUGAGUCACGGUUGAAGGACAUUAAUAAGGUGGCUGAAGACCUGGAGUCUGAAGGUCUAAUGGCAGAGGAGGUGCAGGCCGUGCAGCAACAGGAGGUGUAUGGCAUGAUGCCCAGGGAUGAAACUGACUCCAAGACAGCCUCCCCAUGGAAGUCUGCUCGUCUGAUGGUUCAUACCGUGGCCACCUUUAAUUCCAUCAAGGAGCUGAAUGAGCGGUGGCGGUCUCUGCAGCAGCUGGCUGAGGAACGGAGCCAGCUCUUGGGCAGCGCCCAUGAAGUGCAGAGGUUCCACAGAGAUGCUGAUGAAACCAAAGAAUGGAUAGAAGAGAAGAAUCAGGCUCUAAACACAGACAAUUAUGGCCAUGAUCUGGCCAGUGUCCAGGCCCUGCAGCGUAAGCAUGAGGGUUUCGAGAGGGACCUCGCCGCUCUCGGCGACAAGGUCAAUUCCCUCGGGGAAACAGCAGAGCGCCUGAUCCAGUCCCAUCCUGAGUCAGCGGAGGAUCUGCAGGAAAAAUGCACUGAGUUAAACCAGGCCUGGAACAGCCUGGGAAAACGCGCAGACCGCCGCAAGGCCAAGCUGGGUGACUCCCACGACCUGCAGCGCUUCCUUAGCGAUUUCCGCGACCUCAUGUCUUGGAUCAAUGGAAUACGGGGGUUGGUGUCCUCAGAUGAGCUAGCCAAGGAUGUCACCGGAGCUGAAGCUUUGCUGGAGCGACACCAGGAACACCGGACAGAAAUUGAUGCCAGGGCUGGCACUUUCCAGGCAUUUGAGCAGUUUGGGCAGCAGCUGUUGGCUCAUGGGCACUAUGCCAGCCCAGAGAUCAAGGAGAAACUAGAUAUUCUUGAUCAGGAGCGUACAGAUCUGGAGAAAGCCUGGGUUCAACGCAGGAUGAUGCUGGAUCAUUGCCUUGAAUUGCAGCUGUUCCAUCGGGACUGUGAGCAAGCCGAGAACUGGAUGGCUGCCCGGGAGGCCUUCUUGAACACCGAAGACAAAGGAGACUCUCUGGACAGUGUGGAGGCUCUGAUCAAAAAACAUGAAGACUUCGAUAAAGCAAUUAAUGUUCAGGAAGAGAAAAUUGCUGCUCUGCAGUCCUUUGCCGACCAGCUCAUUGCUGCUGACCAUUAUGCCAAAGGAGACAUUGCUAGUCGGCGCAAUGAGGUCUUGGACAGGUGGCGACGUCUGAAAGCACAGAUGAUUGAGAAAAGAUCAAAGCUAGGAGAAUCUCAAACCCUCCAGCAGUUCAGCCGGGAUGUGGAUGAGAUUGAGGCUUGGAUCAGUGAAAAAUUACAGACAGCUAGUGAUGAGUCGUAUAAGGAUCCCACCAACAUCCAGAACGCUAAGUGUGCACCAUACAGUAUUUCUCUUUUAUGUUUUCACUGCCAGGUGGAAGCCCUGCUGGCAUCUGAAGAUUACGGCAAAGACCUGGCUUCUGUGAACAACCUGCUGAAGAAGCAUCAGCUGCUGGAGGCGGAUAUAUCUGCCCAUGAGGAUCGCCUGAAGGACUUGAACAGCCAGGCAGACAGCCUGAUGACCAGCAGUGCCUUCGACACCUCCCAAGUAAAGGACAAGCGGGACACCAUCAAUGGGCGCUUCCAGAAGAUCAAGAGCAUGGCGGCCUCCCGGCGAGCCAAGCUGAAUGAGUCUCAUCGCCUGCACCAGUUCUUCCGGGACAUGGAUGAUGAGGAGUCCUGGAUCAAGGAGAAGAAGCUUCUGGUGAGCUCCGAGGACUACGGCCGGGACUUAACAGGUGUUCAGAACCUGAGGAAGAAGCACAAACGGCUGGAGGCAGAGCUGGCUGCACAUGAGCCAGCCAUCCAGGGUGUCCUGGAUACAGGAAAGAAGCUGUCCGACGACAACACCAUUGGGAAGGAGGAGAUCCAGCAGCGCCUGGCACAGUUUGUGGAGCACUGGAAGGAGCUGAAGCAGCUGGCGGCUGCCCGGGGUCAGCGGCUAGAAGAGCGAACCUGGCAGGGGCCGGGGCAGUUUAGCGCCCUCCGUCCCCGGACAGUGGUGACACACACCGGGCGCUCAGUGGCCGGCCUUGUGCUUCCACCACAGGGCUUGCUGAAGAAACACGAAGCUUUCGAGACAGACUUCACUGUCCACAAGGACCGCGUGAAUGACGUCUGCACUAACGGACAAGACCUCAUUAAGAAGAACAAUCACCAUGAGGAGAACAUCUCUUCAAAGAUGAAGGGCUUGAAUGGGAAGGUGUCAGACCUGGAGAAAGCUGCAGCCCAAAGGAAGGCAAAGUUGGAUGAGAACUCAGCCUUCCUGCAGUUCAACUGGAAGGCGGAUGUGGUGGAGUCCUGGAUCGGUGAGAAAGAGAAUAGCUUGAAGACGGACGAUUACGGUCGUGAUCUCUCUUCAGUCCAAACUCUCCUCACCAAGCAGGAAACCUUUGAUGCUGGCCUGCAGGCCUUCCAGCAGGAAGGCAUUGCCAACAUCACCACCCUCAAGGACCAGCUGCUGGCCGCCAAGCACAUUCAGUCAAAAGCCAUCGAGGCCCGGCACGCCUCCCUCAUGAAGAGAUGGAGCCAGCUUCUGGCCAACUCAGCCACCCGGAAGAAGAAGCUGCUGGAGGCUCAGAGUCACUUCCGCAAGGUGGAGGACCUCUUCCUGACCUUUGCCAAAAAGGCUUCUGCCUUCAACAGCUGGUUUGAAAACGCAGAGGAGGACUUAACAGAUCCGGUUCGCUGCAACUCCCUGGAGGAAAUCAAAGCCUUGCGCGAGGCCCACGAUGCCUUCCGCUCCUCCCUCAGCUCCGCCCAGGCUGACUUCAACCAGCUGGCUGAGCUGGAUCGGCAGAUCAAGAGCUUCCGCGUGGCCUCCAACCCCUACACCUGGUUCACCAUGGAGGCCUUGGAGGAGACCUGGAGGAACCUGCAGAAAAUCAUCAAGGAGCGGGAGCUGGAGCUGCAGAAGGAGCAGCGGCGGCAGGAGGAGAACGACAAGCUGCGCCAGGAGUUUGCCCAGCACGCCAAUGCCUUCCACCAGUGGAUUCAGGAGACCAGAACAUAUCUCCUCGAUGGGUCCUGCAUGGUGGAAGAAUCAGGAACUCUUGAAUCCCAGCUCGAAGCUACUAAACGCAAGCACCAGGAAAUUCGUGCCAUGAGAAGUCAGCUCAAGAAGAUCGAGGACCUGGGGGCUGCCAUGGAGGAGGCCCUCAUCCUGGACAAUAAGUACACAGAGCACAGCACCGUGGGCUUGGCCCAGCAGUGGGACCAGCUGGACCAGCUGGGCAUGCGCAUGCAGCACAACCUGGAGCAGCAGAUCCAAGCCAGGAACACAACAGGUGUGACUGAGGAGGCCCUCAAGGAAUUCAGCAUGAUGUUUAAACACUUUGACAAGGACAAGUCUGGCAGGCUGAACCACCAGGAGUUCAAGUCCUGCCUGCGCUCCCUGGGCUAUGACCUGCCUAUGGUGGAGGAAGGCGAGCCGGACCCCGAGUUUGAGGCCAUCCUGGACACUGUGGAUCCCAACAGAGAUGGCCACGUCUCCCUGCAAGAAUACAUGGCUUUCAUGAUCAGCCGGGAGACUGAGAACGUCAAGUCCAGCGAGGAGAUCGAGAGUGCCUUCCGGGCCCUCAGCUCCGAGGGAAAGCCUUACGUGACGAAGGAGGAGCUCUACCAGAACCUGACCCGGGAACAAGCUGACUACUGCGUCUCCCACAUGAAGCCCUACGUGGAUGGCAAGGGCCGCGAACUGCCCACUGCCUUUGACUACGUCGAGUUCACCCGCUCACUGUUCGUGAAUUGACCCGCUGCCUGAAGGUGGCCCGGCCACGCUGCUUGCCCACCCACUGCAUGUCCGCUCACCCAUGUGCUCCUCAGCAGAAUACUCCAGCCACUGCUCCCUUCUACUGUAACCUCAGCCUGCUUAGCUUGGGACAAGAUGUCAUAGGAAAUGGUGCUUCAGUACACGCCCUGGUCCAGUCACAAUCACCAUGUUGCUGUAGGGACCCACAUUUGUAUCUCAGAGCCAGCUGCCCUCAUUCCGACUACAGAAAAAUCUAAGCAGCUGGCUCACUCCCCUCUUGUUCUCCUUCCCUCCCCCAAAUUUCCUGUUUUCAUGUGAAAGGCAAAUAAAUGACUUGACUCCCCCUAAAA